AUGUCAUCUACGGACAUCUGGAUAUCCAAUGAUGCAUCUACUUUUCAAAAGGCACAGCUGCCUACUCAAUUACGGCACGUCAAAGUGAUUAAAAUUCGUGAAGAUUCUAUCGGAAGGAUCAUCCUUCUUAUAUCGACAGAAAUCACAAAUGAGGAAAAUGCUGAUCCAGAUCUCUCAGAGAUUUUCAUAUCAGAUUCGCAAGGGUUGAAAUUCUCACCUGUUGAAUGGACACCAAACCAUCAGUUUGGAAAUUUUAGGCUCACUUUUCCUGAUUUCUUGAAAGGGACAAUAUUUGGAUCGUUUCAUCCUUCCAUUGACUAUUCUAAUCACCAAGUAAACUAUACUGAAAAUAUAGCCGGAGGAGAAACCAAAAUAUCCGUUGAUAACGGCCUCACAUGGUCAAAUUUGAAAGUUGUUGAUGAAGAAAAUGCCGAUUCGUUCGGCUGUGAUAUCACUAGGCCUGAGAGAUGUUCACUUCAGGGUUAUUUUUACAAUCUAAAACUUUCAAAUCCUUCUGCUGGGAUCAUAUUAAUGACAGGUUCUGUUGGCGAUGACAAUGAAUUCGAUCGGAAGGACCGAAAAACUUUCAUUUCUAGAGACGGUGGUCUAACAUGGAGGGUGGCCCAUAAUUCUUCUGGAUUAUAUGCUACUGGUGAUCUGGGAAAUAUUAUUGUAUAUAUCCCGUCUCCUUCAUAUAAAGAUGGUGAUGUACAAUCCAAACUUUAUUUUUCCUUGGACCAAGGUAGAACAUGGAAUCAAUAUGAGCUUGUUGACGCUUUAUUUUAUAUCCAUCCAUUAGAGUUGAUUAAUACAACGCCAGAUGGAUCAGGCUCAAAAUUUAUUUUAAGCGGACAUCUCAUUACUACGGCUAGUCAAGAAGGAAACAACACCAACAUCUCAUAUAUUGCAAGAAGUGUCCUGUAUGCGAUCGAUUUUUCUGCUGCAUUUUGA